AACGCAUGUAUUUAUCAAAGGUUUAGGUUUAACAUAGUAAACACAAAUGACUUUUGAUGGCUGCACGACACCGAUUUUCUAAUCAGAACUCCGCACCAAACACUUGGACGCAGGGUGUCACACAAACUAUCACAAACUCUUUCACCAAGUUUACGACAAAACAAGACGAGUCAGCGGAAAAUAGCGACCACGAGGAAACAAUUGAAGCGAUGAAUAACGCAAGUCGUGAUCGAACUACCGAGUUUCAUUCCGUUCUAAAAUCGCUUAAAUCCAGACAGUCCAAUGGAACUUCUCCGCGUCCAACCGCGAAGCAAUCACUCGCGCAAAGAAGUGAAUUCACCAGAUUUGCAAAACACAUUGGACAAGAUCUUUCAAAGACUUAUGAGAAACUAGAAAAACUCACACUGUUAUGCAAAAAGCGAACAUUAUUUGAUGACCGGCCCGUUGAGAUACAAGAAUUAACUUACAUCAUAAAACAAGAUAUCGAUUCCUUAAAAAGAAAAAUUCAACAAUUAGAAGAAAAUAAAUCGCAAGCGAGCUCAAAACGAGAUGCACAGAAACAUUCAACGUCUAUUGUUCGUACACUGAGGUCAAAACUCGCAAAUAUGUCGGAAAAUUUUAAAUCUGUUCUUGAAGUCCGACGAGAAAAUAUGAAAAAACAAAAACUUCGCAAAGAUCAGUUCAGUAGCUCCAACCUCAGCUCAUCGAUGCCGGUAUCGGCCACACAAGGACAUUCCCAUGGUUCAGUUUUAUUGAUGGACGAACAACGUUCGACUUCCAAUCCAUCGGGUUCGGUUGCUAUUUCUAUGGAUGGCGGUUCGUAUUCACAGAACCAGACCGUGCAAUUGGUCGAACAGCAAGAUAGUUACAUAACAGAGCGUGCAAGUACCAUGGAAACAAUAGAAUCGACCAUCGUGGAACUCGGAAAUAUCUUCCAGCAACUUGCAACCAUGGUAAAGGAACAAGAAGAGCAAGUUAUGAGGAUUGACACCAACGUAGAGGAAAGUGAAUUAAACAUCGAAGCUGCACACGGAGAAGUUCUCAAGUAUUUUCAAGGCAUCACCUCAAACAGAUGGCUGAUGAUCAAAAUAUUUCUAAUCUUAAUUUCAUUUUUUGUCGUUUUUGUCGUCUUCUUUGCUUAGCAAUAUAAUAUUUCUAUUAUUUUAGAUCAUAUUAAUAUGCACAGAUAUUUUGCCACUUGCUCUGUGUAAAAUAAUAAACAAAGAAAUAUUCUUGUUACAUCAUAACUAUACAUUGUUUCUUUCAAAGACAACAUUCUACCCAAAACAUUGACGUUGAGACAAUUCAGUAUUUUCCGAAAUGAAAUUGUUUUAUUUCAAAUUCCAUGCUUCAUAGUUGGUGCACUUGUUGUAUAUAUUAAACACAGAACCAGCAGAAUACUAUCACGCUUAUAAUAGAAUAUAAGUAGUGGUGCUCGUGUACAGAAGUAUAGUGAAUUCUUUGUAACUAAAUUAUUUUGUUGUCAAUAAAAGAUAUGAAUUUUAA